GAGAUGCAGACUGUGAUUGAGAGAGAUCGCUCCAAGAUUCACUCCCUCAAUGAAAAGUUACAUCGUACACAGCAGAUGUUGUAUGACAGCACUAAGGACUAUCUAGAGCUGAAGUAUGAAGGACGAUCUCAGGAGCGAGUCUGGAUGGCAGAGAAGGACCGUCUACUACAGGAGCUGGAUCGAUGUAAGGAACAACUAGAUGUCUCCAAAGAUGACGUCUUAGUCAUCUCAGAUCAUGCACUGGAAGAGAGACAAACACAGAACUUGGAAAUUGAGGAUAAGACGGAAAAGCUUGCUAAGCGUUUACACCUGAUGAACCAGCGGUAUGAGGCCAUGGAGAAGCGACGGAAUCUGGAGAUAGAAGGUUUCAAGAAUGAUACCCGAAUCUUGAGAAACCAACUCAAGGAUGUUGAGAAGCAACUCUACAAGGUGACAGUGGGUGUUGGGGAAGAUGGUGAUAUGUUCAUGCUGCAUAAUAUUCAUCAGACAGCUAAGAGAUCAAAGAAGAUGCAGAGUGAGCUACAUCAACUCAAGGCUCUGAUCUAUGGCGUGGAAACAGACCUCAGGAAUCUCUAGUAAUACACACAAUCACCCCUCACUGUGUCUCCACAUUUGAUCAAAUGACUUAUAACUUUGGGAAGCCUCAUUCUCUGUUUGAAGAUGCAUAGGAUCUUGUGAUAUUUGUGCCUUUUGGGUUUUUUUUUUUUGAAGCAAAAACAAAAUUGCUCCAAAUCUUAAGUUAGAUCCAUAACAACUUACCUGUUGAAGUUAUAGCUGAGUGGAUACUGUACAUCUUGAGAAUACAGGGAAACCUUAUCAAACUUUCAAUCAAAUUGGACAUAGGACUUCGUUGCUAUUGUCUUUCCCACAAAGGCCUAUGCAUAAACAUUUUAUUGUGCCAAGUGAAUAGAAAAAGUGAACCUUUUUGCCACCCUGGGUCAAAAAUCUGAUAUUCACAAGAACAGUGCAUGUAUGUCUGAUGUUAUUAAUAAUUGACUUGUCUGACAACUUAAGAUUAGAAACAGUUGGAGGAGAUCCUAUAAAUCCACCGAUGCUAGCAUGCUGAUAGUUCAGCUGCUGUAUUCGCUGUUCUUGUGAACGAUUUCAAACAUUUAGAGAAAAAGGCUCCUUUUUGUUCAUGUGCUACGUGAGAACUGAUGUCACUUUGUCACUUUAGUACGAAUGGCCGGUUGUUCUGCGUAGAAUAGUAACAGUACUAACAUAACAAUGCCCACAUGUACAGUUACUUUGGUUACUUAAAACUGGAGAGAGUUUGUUGUAUUUGUUAUCUCACAGGAACCUUGACAUGAAAAGGCUCCAUUAUAUUGUGGGGGCAAUGUAUACUGCCAAAAUAGUCAAUGUUUUGAAAUUGAAUCUGUUUAAAAUGGAGGCAAUAACUACUGAAAUUGCAUGCCAGUAUGUUCAGAUGUUAUUGAAGUAAUGCUUGUGCAGCUCACAUAUGGGUUUACUGCGCACAGCAAAGACUUCUCAAAUGCGAUACUUUGGGUACACUAUGGUAAGGCCCAAGGAGGACACAAAGUGGACAUCGCUUUUCUGCUGUCAGAAGAGCAGAUAACAGAAGUAUGGCCAUUUUCCGACAAUACAUUUUUCAUUUUGUAACUUUGUGAUGUGGAAGCUCUUUAAGGGGGAACGCCUAAAAAACCCUGUUAACCUACACUCAAAGAAAAAUGAAACGGUGCUUAUUUUUCUCAGAAGCACCGUUUCAUUUUCCUUUUAACCAAAAGCAGAAUACAAAUGGUAGUUACCAAAGGUUCGUUUUGCUUUUCUGGUUCUAAGAAAUGAGAAAAGCAAAAAACAAAAAUAUACAUUUUGGGUAGCACAAAAGCAGGAAAUGGAAACGUCAGAAACGGUUUGAUCUGAUUUUUGAACAAGAGAAAAGCAGAUGUCCACUUUUUCUCCCUCCAGCAAGGGAGGAAAAGCAAAAUCUGCAUUUCAGGUAGCAUAAAAGCACUACAGUGGAUUUUAUUAAA